GCCACUGGCUGCUGGCUGGGCUGAACUGGACAGAGGGACGUGUGCCCCGCACCCCAUGACUGAGCAGGGGAGCGAGAGAAACGAAGGCGGUCCCCCACCCCACCUGCAGCCUCAGUGCCCCCGACAUGAUCCCCUAUUUCUCUGCCAACGCGGUCAUCUCCCAAAACGCCAUCAAUCAGCUCAUCAGCGAAAGUUUCCUCACUGUGAAAGGUGCAGCACUCUUCCUGCCACGGGGAAAUGGGUCCUCCACACCGAGAAUCAGUCACAGGCGCAACAAACAUGCAGGGGAUCUUCAGCAGCACCUGCAGGCCAUGUUCAUAUUGCUCCGCCCUGAAGACAACAUUAGGCUGGCGGUGAGAUUGGAGAGCACAUACCAGAACCGCACUCGCUAUAUGGUAGUGGUUUCAACCAAUGGCAGACAAGAUACUGAAGAAAGCAUUGUCCUAGGAAUGGAUUUCUCCUCUAAUGACAGUAGUACCUGUACGAUGGGCCUGGUCCUGCCUCUCUGGAGUGACACCCUUAUUCAUUUGGAUGGUGAUGGGGGGUUCAGCGUUUCAACAGAUAACAGAGUUCACAUAUUCAAACCCGUGUCCGUGCAGGCAAUGUGGUCUGCCUUGCAAAGUUUACAUAAGGCAUGUGAAGUGGCCAGAAGUCAUAACUAUUACCCAGGCAGCCUAUUCCUCACCUGGGUGAGUUACUAUGAGAGCCAUAUCAACUCUGACCAGUCCUCCGUCAACGAGUGGAAUGCCAUGCGAGACGUGCAGUCCCACCGCCCAGAUUCGCCAGCUCUCUUCACAGAUAUCCCAACUGAACGAGAACGCACAGAACGAUUAAUCAAGACCAAACUAAGGGAAAUCAUGAUGCAGAAAGACUUGGAAAACAUCACAUCCAAAGAGAUACGCACAGAAUUAGAAAUGCAGAUGGCCUGCAAUCUUAGGGAAUUCAAAGAAUUCAUAGAUAAUGAGAUGAUUGUGAUCCUUGGGCAAAUGGACAGCCCCACCCAGAUCUUUGAGCACGUGUUUCUGGGUUCAGAAUGGAAUGCCUCCAAUUUAGAAGACUUACAGAACCGAGGGGUACGAUAUAUCUUGAAUGUUACUCGAGAAAUAGAUAACUUCUUCCCAGGAGUCUUUGAGUAUCAUAACAUCCGGGUGUAUGAUGAGGAAGCCACAGAUCUACUGGCUUACUGGAAUGACACUUACAAAUUCAUCUCUAAAGCCAAGAAGCAUGGCUCUAAAUGCCUCGUGCACUGCAAGAUGGGAGUGAGCCGGUCUGCCUCCACUGUGAUUGCUUAUGCUAUGAAGGAGUAUGGCUGGAACUUGGACCGUGCCUAUGACUAUGUGAAGGAAAGGCGCACGGUCACCAAGCCCAAUCCCAGCUUCAUGAGGCAGCUGGAGGAGUACCAAGGGAUUCUGCUGGCAAGCAAACAACGGCACAAUAAGCUGUGGCGCUCUCACUCAGACAGCGACCUCUCGGACCACCAUGAGCCGAUCUGCACGGCAGGGAUGGAGUUUAACAGGAAGGAGAUCACCACUUCAGCAGACCAGAUCACAGAGGCAAAGGCCACGGAGAGCCACCCUCCGAUGCCUCCUGUCUUUGUGGAACACCGGCUCCCCCAGGAUGCAAGCACACACGAACUGGACCCAAAAGACAGGAUGAUCUGCUUAGAGUUUACAUCCAGAGAAUUUCAUACGGGACAAAUUGAGGAUGAAUUAAAUCUCAACAACAUUAACGGGUGUUCGGCGGGCUGUUGCCUGAAUGAAUCCAAAUUUCCCCUUGACAAUUGCCAUGCAUCCGAAGCCUUAAUCCAGCCAGAACACUCCUUGGAGAUAGCUCCACGGUUCCCAGACUUAACAGUGGAAGACUUGGAGACGGACGCGCUGAAGACAGAUGUCAGUGUCCACUUACUGCCCAUGGAGGAGCUGACAUCUCGCCUGAGAGACCUCCCUGUGUCUCCUGACCCAGAUUCGCCUGGUCCGCAGCCCAACGCCCAGACUGGGGCAUCAGACUUCAGUACUGACCGCAUCGAUUUUUUCAGUGCCCUUGAGAAGUUCGUGGAGCUCUCCCAGGAGACCCGACCCCGCUCCUGCUCCCACUCCAGGUCUGAGGAAGCAGGAGGGGGAAGGAAUGGAGGGGUCCGUUUGUCAGUGUUGGAAACGGCCCCUUCUGAGGCGAGCCCCGAGGGCCAGAGAAGCAGCUCCUCAAGCAACACUCCCCAUGUGUCAGGAGAGUCUUCCCUGGAUGAAGACCAGCCAAAGGAUAUCUCUGAGCUGAUUAGCCCCGAGUAUGUGAUGCAAUCCCACUCAGAAAAUGCCAUUUCAGUGAAAGAAAUUAUCACUGAAAUCGAAUCCAUCAAUCAAGGAAUCGGGCAGUGUCAGCAGAAGGUGGACAUCGUAUCCAACUCGUGCCAUACACCAAAGAGAAACACCAUCCAUGAGUUACCCCUCUUUGAGGCGACCUGGACCUCCGAGAGCAAAGCUGGCCACGUGGACCAGAAGGAGGGAGUGUGCGCGGUGCAGCCUGACCUGGCCAAGGGGGACCAGGAGGCCAUGCUGAUGGCCCCAACCCCUCUGGAAGAGCUAGAAGAAGGUGAUCUCACUGAGGAAGACCCAGAGUCCCAAGGCCCAGGCGUGAACCCGGCCCCCCCGUGGUGCCCCGGGUCUGUGAGGCGGGCCACUUUGGAGUUUGAAGAACGCCUGAGGCAGGAGCAAGAACACCACAGCGCCGCCCCUCUCGGCCCGCUGCCUGCGCGCAAGAACUCCAGGAAUGACUCUGCCGUCCUGGAGGGAACUCCAAGAGGCAAGAAUGAAGAAGCUGCUCUGGAGCCUGCCCUGAGGCCCAGGGAACGGGAAUUGAGCAAGGCUCAAACAAAAGAGGGCGGGUGGGAGGCCUCACCUCCCCAGCCUGGCCAGGCGGCUGGCACACAGGCCGCUGCGCUGCAAGCUCUCCAGCCCAACCCAGAUUUCCCAGAGGGUCCCCUAGACUUUGGAGCAAAACAAGAAAGAGCACCCAAGGAGCCCCUCGCAUCCAGGACAAAGCCUGCGGUGGACCGCCUUCCCAAAAGGAUCGAAAUCAUUGAAUACACUCCCAUGGUGACGUCCCCCGACUUAAUGUUGGACUUCGCCGCCGCCGGAAAGAGAGGAGAGACGGUGCUGAAGACCGUCAUGGUGGAGCAGUCCAUCACGGUGAUGUGUACCGUGGACGAGAACCUCAACACCACCCUGUGCCCGGAGCUGGCUUCUCUGCACCCCCAAGUGCUCCCUCUGCUUCAGCCCUCGUCACUUCAGCAUGGCGGGGCUCCCCAAGCUGCCUUCACCCCAGACAGUCCUGAGGAGGAAGACUCCGGGUCUCCUUUGGGGAGCCCUGCAGCCCGCUUCCCUUCCACUAACUUGGAUUGCCUGCACCCCCAGACUGUUCUUCAUCUCGAAGGUGUGACCCAGGAAAGCAGCACCACAGACGGCGAGCCCUGGUCCGAGCCCAGCCGCAUCCAGGCUGGUGCCAGCACUGGGGUCCCGGGGGGCGCUGACCCCCCAAGAGUGUUGAGCCACCUUGGUGAGAGCACGCUAGCCCCACCGGCCCCCCACGGGCUCUCCCACAGUUCUAGCAGUGACAGUAUAAGUGUCGGCCACAGCGUCAGGGCGGUCAAAAAGCAUUCGAGAGAAAUCGAGUCCCGCAUCCUUCGGCAGGCAGGGCUCACCAGGCCGUCCCAGAUGAAACGCUCGGCCUCGCUGGCCAGGCUGGGUCACCUGAAUCUGCACAGGGGGGGCUUCCCAGAGGUAGAGCUGGUAUCUCUGGAGGCCCCCCACCCUGGCCUGCAGCCCUUCCUCAGGACGGGCCCCUCGGAAGGCCCAGGACCCCUCUCCCAGCAGCCAGAGCCCAGCACGUAUUUUGUAGAACAGCUUAAAAUGGAGGAGUGUAUCGCUCAGAGCAGGCCCGUCGAGAGGCCUCUGGUGCAGUAUGCCAAAGAGUUCGGCUCCGCUCCGCAGUGUCUGGUUCCCCAUCCAGGACAUGAAUUGACUAGUUCUGGGGAGGGCCUUCCCUUGCUCCAGAUCCAGCAGGGACUGGAUGCUCCAGGCCCGGGCCCGGGGCGGACCGUGGCCGCUCGGCAGCCGCACGGGAGAACUCACCCCCUUCGGAGACUCCGAAAGCCCAGUGACAAAAAGCGGACAAGCAACCCCUUCUAUAAUACCAUGUGAGAGAGCCCAGCCAGGACGCUCCAAGGGAAAUGUUUGUCUGUAAAGGGCAGGUGUAAUAUGUAAGGAACAUGCACUUUAUUGGUUAAUUUUCUAUGUUUUGGUCAUUUUACUAUUGUUGGCGCAUGCAGGGUUUGGGUUUUCUGUGUGUGACUUGGACUGCGAGACCAUUUUAUCUUUAGUUUUUUGUUUUUGUUUUUUAAGAAACUCAAACAACCUCAAACAAAUUACAAAACACCUCAUUUUCUAAGAACACCAUCCAAAGCAAAUUGCUGUUUUUCAGCCGGCUACCCCUGCUUCUCAUUUCUCUAUGGAAGAAGA